AUGUAUCCUUUCAAUCGAACGACUUCAAUACAUGCUGAAAAUGCCAUGCCAAAUAUUGAAGAAAUGGAGGAAGAGGACGAGGAAAUGGGACGUUCUAAUGGAAAAAUGUACUCGAAUCGACACACUUUGAUGGACUCUGAUGGAAUUCAUCAAGCCCCACCACCUGGAUCUCCUGUUGAAAAGACGAUCCUUGCUUCGAUUCUUGAAAUGUCCAGCGUCAACGACAAAUGGGUGAAAAAAUUUGCGAUGCCUGUUGCAGCAAACAAAAAAGAGAAGAAGCGAAGAGAAUCACUUUUCGAGUGUUCAUGGAGGUAA